CGCAGUUUUAACACAAGACCUCCUACUCUCCUUCUCACCAACCUGGGCUCGCAAUUUAUCACUGAUCUGCAAGUUUAUACACAUGCGCAUUAAUAUCCAGAUGCUAAGAGACACGAGGCAGUCCGAAUGGGAUCCUCAAAACCUAGGCCGAAGGCCAAAAACAACCCCCAGCAGCAGCUGGAAGAAACCCAACGAGUACGCCGAUUACAAGAAAAGGAUCUUCGCGCAGUUGAGCAAGAAGCAAUCACGGCUCGGCGAAAGCAAGAGAAAGCAGUCCUCAAACAACAAGCGCAAAAACAAGCAGCGAGACACCUUGCAAAACAGCAGGCCGAACUCGCGAAGCAUCAUGAGCAUCUUGCAGGUUAUGCAAGAUACAAAGAAGCCUAUAACAAGAAUCUUGUGCGGGAAGGUUUCGAGAUCCGAGGCGAGAACUGGGAAAGACCCUUUAAGGCUGAGGAUGGGACCAUUCAACUUGUCGGAUUCAAACAACUACCCAAUGUCAACCUCAUUCGCGAUAUCCCCUCGAACCUCAAUGCAGGCAAAUGCAACUACAUAGAUGUCACAUGGGGAGAAAUCAAAAUCAAGCACAUGUGGUAUGUGAAACGGAACGCCAACUAUUUGAGGCACCGUUUCGUCAUCGAUAAACGUCAGUCAUGGAGAUCCUCACUUUCUGACGGGAUGUUUGCGUUUCAUGUCGAUGCGUUCGCAUACCAAGUUUGGACCUGGCCUGGCGCAAUCGGCGAUGACUCUCUGCCGGAAGACGAUUUCCCUCACAAUGAUCCAAGAGCAGUUUAUCAAGAUCGAAGCAUUACUGAAUUCGAUGACUUCGUUCUGCAACGAUCUGGUAGGGAGAAAUACCUCAACAAUAUCGAUCGUCUACCCUCUGCUCAGUUGGGUGACUGGAAAGACCACUGGCAUCGGAAAAUGCGAAAUAUCGACGAUGAUGUUAUUGAGACUUAUGUUUCGGUGCCUGCAGGGUCCUCACCUGUAAAUAUAGCGAAGCCAUUGAGCAAGAAGGACUCUUUGGAACUCACCCACAAAUCCUUAUUUUGUCCCUUUACUUUACGACGUCUGAGGUCCUGGGGAGGUUUUAGUACCAGGGAACGUUUGCUAGGACUUGCUCUCCCUUGUUCUCGCCACCGGGCCUACCGCCCUAUUUCAGAUAUUCUAAGGUCGCAUUGGGGGGAAAAGCAACAGAAGAGAUGCUAUGAUCGCAAGAUUUGGCGCCAGCUGCUCGAUACUGUCGAUUGGCUCUCGUAUAUCGCUCGCAGAAGAGCUGUAUGGCUUUCCCUCUUUCAACGAUGUUCAUUUUGGUCGAAAAAGACUCUCCCAAAUGACAACGUCAACAAGUUAAAAUAUACAAAAAUCGAAGUCCCCGGCACACUCAAUGGACAGAAAACAGCAGCAUUUCCUGAUUCUGGCAGUGCAUACAAUUUACUUUCACAUAGCUAUGUAAUGCAAAACAGAAUCAUCUUCCAGAAGCAGGAAAGAACAAUAACAUUACCCGACGGCACCAAAGGCAACACCAUUGGCUUCGUAUCGCUGGAGUGGGUUUUUGAAGAUGCGCCAGAUGAAGUCCACAAUCUCCUCUUCCACGUCCUCGAGAACUGCGUCCACGACGUCCUUUUCGGAAACCCGUUUCUCGACCUCACGAAGCUCAACACCGACAACGACUCCCGAAUCAAGCGGCGUGUUAUUCCAGGCCCUCCUACCUCAUCGGGAGGCUUGGGCGGUGUUAUUUAUGACUGUCACUUAACAGGCAAUAUCAUAAACAAUAUGAGCGGCGAACUCAACGACAAGCAAUCAUACGUUAUCCCCGACACCGGCUGUCAAGUUAACGCCAUUUCUCCUGCACGAGCUCUCGCACUAGGGUGGGAUGGCAAAUACAGAGGUGAACGGGGAACAUUCAGAUUCAUUAACGGGAGCACAACACCAAGUCUAGGAGCAAUGAAAGCUAUUUGGAGUCCUGCCGGAAGUGAGGAGAAAUACGAGCUGGAAUUCGAAAUCAUGGAGAAUUGUAAGGGGGUCAUUAUUGGGCAAAACUAUCUCUAUGGCAAUAGGGCAUUCGUCAAGCACGCAGCAAGCAUGAUCAAUGCUGAUGCUGGCGACAUCAUUACAGCCGACGAGAUUCCCAAUGAGGAGAACGAGGGAACAAUAUCCAUAUCCAACGACUCAAAAGAUCCUAACCCACCUCCUCACCGAACCGCCACCCCCUCAACACCCAUACCCGCCCACGAAAUAAUCACCACAGACGACGAAGUCUACGGCGUCACCUACGAGGCCUCCCCAUUCACUCGCAUCCGGCGCCGAGCCCGAGGAGGCAGAAGCCGCGAUGCAGGAGCGAGAUCUCAAAUUUCUUCCGCGGCACAGGAGGAGAUGGAGAGGCGGGCUACGACUGAAGAUGCGAUUGCUAGGAUGGGGAAUUGGGAGGCGAGGAUAAGGGCUGUGGAGGCGGAGGUUAAUAGGAGGAGGUUUGCUGGGGAGGACGGGAGGGGGAAUGGGGCGCUUCUGAGGUUGUUGCCGCCCCGGUAUGUGGGGGUGGCAAGGGGGGAGGGAGAGACAGGUGAUGGAUCUGGAGGUGGAGAUGGGAGUGGAAAUUUUAAUGGUAAUGGAGAUGGGACGUCAGGGUCUUCAUGACGUUUUACUUUCCAAGUAGCACUGCUGUUGGAUUAUGAUAGAUAAGAUCAAGGAUGGGAAGGCGCAAUAGCGAUUUGCAAAGGAAAAUACCCAGGAAUUGCAUACACCGGGGUUUUGGAUUUGGGAUAUUUGUACAUACCAUUUGGUCGUUUUUUUCUCUUGUAAAUAUUACAAAGGCGUUUUGGGAAAACUUGGGCUUCUACUACCUGCGAUUGUUACUAUCCCC